CCAGUGUGUAAAAGUCCCAACGAUGCACUUAGACGCAGCGAACAAAAUUUGGAAUUUCCUGCGGGUCAAUGACAAUCUGAUAAAGAGUGAUGUCAUAGUUGGUUUGGGAAGCCAUGAUCCUCGAGUUGCAAUAGAAACAGCACUUCUGUGGCUAGAGGGAUGGGCAGAUAUCAUUGUUUUUUCUGGUCAUUCCGGUAAUUUAACAGCAGGACGAUGGAAUAAAUCAGAAGCAGAGGUUUUUCGUGGUAUCGCAGUAUCUAUGGGCGUGCCUUCAUGUAAAAUAUAUACUGAAAUCAGAAGUCAGAAUACAGGUGAAAAUGUCCGCUUUACUUACAAACUACUGAAGACAAAAUACAGAAUUCCUCAACGAAUAAUACUUGUACAGAAACCUCACAUGGGCAAGCGAACUGCCGCUACAUUCUGGAAACAAUGGCCACAAGAAUCGAACACACCCGAAAUAUCAUUGGUCGUUAGGACUCUGAGGAUAACACUGGAACGCUACCCAAGCGAUGACGUCGGAGAUUUAAGUGAUGUAAUUUCCAAAAUGAUGGGAUAUUUACAGCGUUUACCUUUAUAUCAUAACCUUGGUUUCCAGGUGUAUGCUUACGUCCCUGAUGAUGUUUGGGAAUCAUAUAGACUUCUUCAGCAAACGAAUAUAUACAACUCUCAUUUAGUUUGA